AUGUGUGACGAUUCCUUAUUCACUAAAGUUUCUGGUUCGAUUUUUCUUGCCCUCUUGGUAUAUGUUGAUGAUGUGAUUGUGGCCAGUAAUGAUCUUAAAACUGUCCAAGACAUAAAAUCCAUUCUCCAUAGUACAUUUCAGAUUAAAGAUAUUGGAGAUCUUAAAUAUUUCCUUGGAUUAGAAGUGGCCAGAACUUCUAAAGGAAUUUCACUUUGUCAAAGACAUUAUGCCUUGAAAAUCUUGGCUGAUUCUGGUUUCCUUGGCUGUAAACCAGCCAAAGUUCCAAUGAGUUCUAAUCUACGAUUGACAAGAAUUAAUUCUACACUCUUGGAAGAUCCAAUAGUUUAUAGAAGAUUGGUGGGGAGGUUGCUCUACUUGACAAUAACAAGGCCUGAUUUGGCAUAUUCCGUACAAACUCUAAGUCAGUUCAUGGAUAAACCUGCUCAAACACACUUGGAUGCUACACAUCAUGUCUUAAGAUACCUCAAGGGCACACCUGGUCAGGGCAUUUUUCUGUCAUCUUCUUCUUGUCUACAUCUGAAGGCUUUUUCAGAUUCUGACUGGGCAACUUGUCCAGACACUAGAAAAUCAGUGACUGAAUUUUGUGUAUUUUUGGGUGACUCUUUGAUUUCUAAGAAAUCAAAUAAGCAGAAUAUUGUUUCUUGA